GCAGCCUGAGGUCUGGACACUUUGCCACAAUGCGGGCGCUCGUCGUGCUGCUCGCCGUGAGCUCCUUGACGCGCGCGUGGGUGCCGAGGACGCGCGCGCGGGUGGACGAGGUCGGCGACGCCACGCCGGCCGACGACGCCCGCGUGAAGGAGCUCAAGGCGCAGCUGGCGGAGACCCAGUUCGCCUACCGGCGCCUCCAGGAGAGCGUGCACGAGGACGCGGCGCUGAACCGGCGGCGCGGCGGCGCGCCCGCCGCGCACGGGUCCAUCCCGCGCGUCGCAUUCGCGGACCUGACGGACGCGCGCUACCUCGAGCACGCGGCGAGCGGCGCGCCGCUCAUCGUCGAGCGCCUGCCGUCGACGCUGCGCAACCUCACGCUCGAGCUGUUGGUGCGGCGCUGCGGGUCGCGAGCCGUGACGCUCAAGGAGCGCCAGCCCGACAGCCCGGCGUGGGCCGAGAUGGUGCCCGUCGAGGAGGCGACGCUCGACGCGUUCGCGCGGCGGCCCGCGUCGAGCCGCUACCUCCACGACGCGCCGCUGGCGCGGCUCUGCCCCGAGGCCCUCGCGGCCAUCGAAUUCGCGCCGCCGCGGCUCUUCGGCGGCCGCCAGAACUGGUUCGCGUCGCUGCCCGUCGGGACGCUCCACGGCAACGCGUCCGCGUCGUGGCCGUCGCUCUUCCUCGGCCGGCGGGGCUCGUCCUCGGGGCUCCACACGGACGUGCUCGAGUCCCACUUCUGGAUGUACGUCGUCGAGGGCGCGAAGCGCUGGGCCGUGUCCGUGCGGGGCGACGUGCCCGUGCUCUGCCCGCGGAAGUCCGCGGCGGCGUCGUCCGACCGGUUCCGCGCGUCGCUCCUCGGCGCCGGGACCCACGCGUGCGCCGGCGUCGGGUCCGCGGCGGUCUACUUUGGCAUCGUGGAGGCGGGCGAAUUCCUCUACAUCCCGUCCGGGUCGCCCCACGAGGUGCUGAACGGCGCGGACGACAACGACGACCGGCCGGCGCUCGCCGUGUCGAUGAACUACGUCGACGCGGCGAACGCGCGCCACUUCGCGCGGGCCAUCCGGCGCUGCCGCCAUGCUGGCGCGCUCGGGCUCCUCCUCGGCCGCGACGCCGGCGCCUCGGAGGCGUCCCGCUUCGCCGCCGAGGUCGCGGAGCGGCGCGCCGAGGCCGAAUUCCUCGACAAGCUCGACGCCCUCGCCGACAAGUUCGACGAGGACCCCGCCGCCGCGCUCGGGGUCGCUUACGCGUGACUAGUAGCGGUUGCCGCCGGAUUGAUGCCGGCUCAUGUCAAAAAUAAGGAUCGAACUUC